CAAAAUUGCAUUGAGAUCAGCUAUGGGUUCUACUAAUUUAAAUAUGAGAAAAAUGGGUAAUGCAAUGAUGGAGAAAUUCAAUAAGUAUUGGGAAGAAAAGAACAAUGUUAUGGUCAUUGCUACUAUCCUAGAUCCAAGGUAUAAGAUGAGAUAUAUUGAGUGGUGCUUUGGUAAGAUUUUUGAUACAUACCAAGUUGGUAUUGAGAUAGAAGAAGUUAGAGGUGAAUUAGAAAAGUUGUUUGAAGACUAUGAGAUGCAACAUAGAGAGAGAAAAGCUGCUCAAAGCAAGCCUAGUGCAUCUUCAUCCUUGACCACAGAUAGAUCAUGCAGUUUGCCUUCUGCUUCAUGUGAGUUUCAGUCAUACUUAUCAUCUACUGAAGCGAACCCAUCAAAGAGUGAGUUGCUCAUCUAUUUGGAUGAAACAAAUGUGAGUUUAGCUGACAAGGAGUUUGAUUUGCUUAACUGGUGGAAGGUUAACUCACAUAGAUUUCCAGUGGUGUCGAGGAUGGCAAAGAAGUUCUUAACUGUUCCAGCUACAUCUGUUUCUUCUGAGUCUACUUUUAGCGCUAGUGGUCGAACUCUAGAUGACUAUCGUAGCUCUCUAAGCCCUUCUACGGUGGAGGCAUUGAUAUGCUCCUCUAGUUGGAUUCGAGGUGCACAUGAUGGGAGUUUUACAUAUGUGGAGCAAGAGGACGAUGUUGAAAACAUUUCAUUUCCAAAAAGUUUGGUGGAGAGCAACUAGAUUAUCCUUUUGUAAGUUUGUAUUAUGCUUAGCUAGUUGAGUGGUUUUUUCUUUAAAAGUGUCCAUUCAAUACUUAUUUUAAGUUUACUUUGCAUUUGGAUCUAA